AUGAACCAAGAUCGCGUUGCAAACGAAGCAGAGUCUAAUGAGACAGAGAAGCAAUCGGAAGCAAAGGGUGUACCCAGGACCGUUACCAUUGCUCCUGUUUUUACAAGACCUACUGCGCCAGUAGCUUUUAACAAAAAACGACACAAAAAAAAUUCACUUUCGGGGGUGAUUCCUAUCAUCCAAGCAGCCGAGCUGAGCGAGGAAUAUCCUGAUCGCAUUCGAUUGGGAAUAUGCGCAAUGGACAAGAAAGCAAGGUCAAAGCCAAUGGCCGAAAUCUUGAGCAGGCUUGACCCAAUUCUCUUUCACGUUGUAUUCUUUGGGGAUGAGAUGAUUCUUAACAAAUCUAUUGAGGAAUGGCCAAUUUGUGAUAUUUUGAUUGCAUUCUAUUCAAAAGGAUACCCUCUUGCCAAAGCAAAGGAAUACUUCGAAUUGAGGAAGCCUUUUAUCCUCAACGAUUUGGAGAUGCAAGAGCUAUUGAUGGACAGAAGAAGGGUAUACGAUCUGCUAGAGGAGAGCGGCAUUGAUGUCCCUCGUCAUGCGUACGUGUCGUUAGAUGAUUAUGUGAGCACUGGAACUGGUGACGGAAAUGGUGCCCGAGAGAGAGAAGUUCACGAGUUUGAUGACCACAUUGAAGUAAAUGGUAUGAGCAUCGACAAACCAUUUGUUGAAAAGCCCGUAGACGCAGAUGACCACAACAUUGCCAUCUACUAUCCAAGCUCUGCGGGCGGCGGAUGCAAAAAGCUGUUUCGCAAGAUUGGAAAUAGAUCCUCAGAGUUUUAUCCCGAUAUCAACGAGGUUCGACGCGACGGUUCUUACAUAUACGAAGCAUUCGUGGAAACCCAGGGAACUGAUGUGAAGAUGUACACUGUUGGGCCCGAAUAUGGACAUGCAGAAGCUCGAAAGUCCCCGACCGUAGACGGCAAGGUGCAACGUGAUGUAGAUGGAAAGGAGGUUCGAUUCCCAGUCAUCCUCACAUUGACAGAAAAAGAGAUUGCUCGAAGAAUUGUCCUCGGUUUUGGGCAAUUUGUUUGUGGAUUUGAUUUGCUACGCGUCCAGGAGGGACAUUCGGUGGUUUCCUAUGUCUGCGAUGUUAAUGGGUGGUCUUUCGUCAAGAAUAGUAGGAAGUAUUAUGAUGAUUGUGCCCAAAUCUUGACGGAGCAUGUACUCGCUACAGUGCGCCCAGAGAUUAACCUUGGGUUCUCCACUGUUGACCCAUUGCUUAGCAACGUAGAAGAAGUUUCUUUUUCCGGAUUACUCAGACGGUUUACGGAUCAGUCGAAGAGAGAUGUACAGUCCCCUAAUCAUCGUUCAGACACAAAUUCUGUCAGCAGCGCCCAAGUGGCAGCGACGAAGUUGGAAGAAGGUGCGAUUCCAGUACGGGAGAUUCCUGGGCACCUCGUGUCAGAGCCGGCCUCUUUGUGCACAUCCAACGCUAGUUCCACUGAUGAUUUGACCAAAUUAGCAAAGAUGAAUGGAAUCAAUAGUUGUGAGAAAUUUCCUGGAGUUCACAAAGAAGAGCUCCGUUGUGUAAUCGCGGUGGUGAGACACGGGGACAGAACGCCCAAACAGAAGCUUAAGGUGAAGAUGUCGGAACAGCGGAUCUUGCAAUUCUUUCACAAGCAUUGUGAUGAUCCGACAAAGGACCUUAAGGUGAAAGCCAAGGCACCAAUGACUGACUUCCUGAAAACAGUGAAAUCAGUCCUCUCAAAUUCUCGAUCAUCAGAUUCAAUGGACAGCAAGACCGUGUACAAACUACGCCAUAUGCGAGAUAUCCUAGAGCGGUGGAAAAUAGCUGGCUUGAAUCGGAAGUUGCAAAUCAAGCCUCGACAAUGGAAAGAAGGCGAAAACGGUGAACAAACAUGUACAGAACUACAUCUCAUACUGAAAUGGGGUGGCAACCUGACGAAGUUGGGAGAAACUCAAGCAAUUCACCUUGGGCAGCGAUUUCGUCAGGAGAUGUAUCCAGAUGCUCCUGGUGGUGGCAUUCUUCGGCUUCAUUCCACGUUUAGACACGACUUGAAGAUCAGAACCAGCGAUGAAGGCCGCGUGAUGAAAACGGCUGCUGCUUUUGCUAAAGGUCUACUGGAGCUUGAGGGAGAGAUUCCGCCGAUUCUUGUGUCUCUUGUUCACAAAGAGAAGGGCAGCUUGCAUAUGCUUGACCCAUCGGGCGAUAAGGAAGUUAAACUUGAGCUCGAUGAAUGCAAAGAGAGGAUCACGGCCAAUCUUCAGCAGGAUAUCAAUUACAGGGAAAUGUCUCCGGAAGAUCGUGGACGCAUGGUUGGUCCACCAGAGCUCACAUCUCUCCAUGAUGCUCUGGCUGAGAUUGGAAACCCACGUUUGACAUUGAUGGAAAUUCAUAAAACUAUGGGAUAUCUGAUCGAGCAACUCGAAGAAAUGCUUGAUCUCAUGGGAAGUGGAGACGAAAUGAGAAUGGAAGAUGGCGAAGGCUUGAAAGGAGAGAACGAAGAUGACGUAGCCCUCAGUGGGGUAAAGUUGUACAAGGGAGAGACUCUUCUUGAACUGACAGAGCGAUGGCGCUUCAUUCACAAACGUCUGUACGAUGUGGAAACAAAUUUGUUCGAUCUAUCUAGAGUGCCUGAUGUUCAUGAUAACGUCAGGUUCGAUGUUUUACAUAAUCCUCAUUUGGGACUGACAAACACGUUAGAGAAACUUUACGAGCUUGCCAAAUGCAUGGCUGACGCCGUGGUCCCACAGGAAUAUGGAACCACAGCUUCAGAAAAGAGAAGCGUGGGAGUGAAGAUAUGUAGUUCUCUUGUAGAGAAGAUUCGGAACGACUUGAAUAUAGCACGAACAGACAACAAAGCUGACAUGCGAUACAUGAUCAACAUGGAUUACUCCGCCGACCUUCCAAUCAACACGAUGGGCCGCCGUAUUCGAACCCGUCUCUAUUUUACAAGCGAAAGUCAUUUGCAUACAUUGCUCAACGUGCUUAGAUUUGCUGGCGACGGGAAAGUCGUUUUGUCAAAACCAGGGGUUGAUUUCGUCAACCAGACUCCCGAGUUGUGCUACUUAACACAAGUGGUUUUCCGCCUUUUCGAAGAUACAAGUCGGCCAAUGGAAGAAGCAAGGCGAUUUCGCGUGGAGAUUUUGUUCUCUCCGGGUGCUACUGCACCACCCAUUCACCUGGACGAGUCCAACAAGGGCUACGACAAGACGCGCCUCGAUACUGCAGGGUUGGUUCGAGUGGAGCGUGAUGGUCUUACCUGUAAGGAUAUUGAAGACUUCUUUGACGAAGUGAUUGAAGAAAAUGUAGGGCAUAAUCAUGCGAAGAUAGAUAGUCAAUCGACAGCGACACCCCCAACGACGAGAAAUGACCUAAAGCCUGUCGCAAAGGCGAAAAAGAACCGAGUGGAUAGCAUCAUGGAGACCAAAAACGAAGAAGAUUGCGAUGGUCCUUCCAAGACGAACCAACAAGUUUCUCAAAAUGCAUCCACGGCUGCAAAGUCAAGUGAAGGUACUGACGACGGUAAAGGCGAAGAGGACAUUGUUCCUUUUGAAAUGUCAUCAAAGUAUUUCUGGACAGCAAUUGCAGUUGGCUCGCUGUGCUUGGGAGCUGGAUGCUUAGUCAUGGCUAUGAGUUUGGGAGACAGGCAAUCAGGGCACCAGCGACGACAUUCUGUGAGACGCUUCUAA